GCGCAGGACGACGCGCGUUUUCCCUCAAGGUGUUUGCAAUGUGGUAUCCGUGGAUCGCGUUGCUGGUGUCUUGUGCACUGGUGGGAGCGCAGGAAACCGAGGCACCCGCGCCAGAGUCCACCACCCGCCCACCACCGCGCACGCUUGAUAGGCAAGCGGGUGAACUAGCCUGGCGUACCUGGCUACAAAGCCCUGAAGAUGGAAACCAAAACGCUCCACCCAGAAGAAUAACUACGAAAUCUCUUUUCAUCACACCGCUCGUCUGUCCUAAAGGGCACCGCCUUGACGGAACCGCUUGCGUUCAGGUGGUGACAGUGAACAAAGCAGAGCAUGAACGCAUUUUACUAGAGCAACUGAACGCUCUAUUUACUACGGCUCCAAACAAUGGCGAUGUAAUUUAUGACUACGGAGACGAAGAUCCAGGACCCCUGCAAUUAUCUAUACCGAUAGGUUUAGAUCCCCAAAGUUCACCACAAGAUCCAUCUGCACAGGCUCAAGGUCAGCAGUCAAACUUUGUAAAAAAAGAUGAAAAUACUGAUGCUAGUGUCGAAGCUGAAUUAGAAUUAUUAAAACUACAGCAAGCGCAAUCGAAAUUGAACAAUACCAUUUCACAAGACGGUAGCAAUAUUCUUUCCCACAACGUAUUACACAAUUUACUAAGUUAUUCUGACAAACCUAAAAGAGACAGUCCUAUGAUUAACUCUAGCGAGGUUGAGAUGCAAUCGAAUAACACAGACAAAGGACAGAAAGAACAAGUAUAUGGACACGUAAAUGUUGAUCCUAUACUGUACGAUAUUGAGACUCAAAAUAAUCAGGACGCAAUGACGGAAUCUAAAACAGAAAAGACAAAUGGAGAAUCAGAUAUAAAAAACAUACCACAGGUUGACGAACAAACAAAUUCGUCUAACAUUUCAACUAUUAAAUCGAAUUCAACUGUAUCUAUCUUAAAAAAAGAUACAGAGGAUGUCAAGUUAAAUCCUGAAAAUGAUUAUUCUGAUAUAGGAGAAGCUAUCAAACUAAUCAGCAGAUACGCUGAAGUAUCAACAGAUGAUAAUUUUGCCAAAGACGAUAAAAAACAUUCAUCGAUAGAAGAAGACAGUAUAUUAGGAACUCGAACGAAACUACAAUAUAGACGAAAUAAACCAAAGGUACCAGAUAUUUUAAAAGACUCAGACACUCAAGCCUCCGAAAUCAUUAUAAAUAAAGACGCAUCUACUGACAAACUAUACCCAAAAAAUAUUGUCUACUAUAGAUAUCCCUGGCCGAGUGAUAAUGCCGGUUCGCCGCCAUCAAAUUAUCCCUUCCGUCAUUUGCAAGACUAUUGGGCUGGUCGUAACAAAUUUGGCGGAGUUUAUAACUCAAUGCAUGAAAAUCCCCGACGUCACCAUCAUUCUUAUCCCCACUAUUUUCGUCCUCGUGGCUCGGUAUAUGAGGGUUAUCCUGAAACUCAUCUUAGUCUACAAGAGGCUUAUUCUGGACUUCGACGAUAUCCUCACAAAAUUGCUGAUCGUAACGCUAAUCCAAUAAGAUCUCACGCUAACAACCAAGAUUUGUAUAGUCUGCUCGGCUUAAGGCACUGGUUCAGUAGCGAAGGGGCCUCAAAAAGAUAG